AUGCCGGCCGAGAGGCGCUCUCUGAGAUCGAACAGCAAGUCGGAUACCUCUUCAUCUGCUAACGGUGAGAAGGGUCGCUCUACUUCACAGAACACCAGCUCCAACAAGGACCAACCGGCGCCCAAUCGCGCCGCUGCCAACAAGGCCAAAUCUACCACCGCCUCGAAAGCCGCUUCGUCGAAUAGCACAGCAGAUUCCGGAAUGGGUGAACAGCGGGACCAGCCGCGGACCAACGGCUCCGACCCGACGGAGAACGGCAUGAAUGGUUCGGAAGAUGUUGAGAUGGGAGAGGAUACGGCAGGUGGGCCUACAUCCUCAUUCACCGCCAGUAAGGAUCGGAAAGGUGACGAGAAGAUGACUGUUGUAGUGCCCCCGACCAAGGGUUCGAGGUUAUCCGGCGAGAAAGCUCCGGACAAUGAAGGCGACAUCGCCAUGGAGGGUGCGGACACCGAGGAGUCCAAGUCAGAGGUUGACCCGAAGGUCAAGGCUGUCCAAGAUAUCAAGUCCAACUUCACAUUGCUUGAGCGAGCUGUCAGCCACUUCGACCCCAGAUUCACUCUCCGCGUUUUGCGUUCGAUAUCGUCCAUGCGCAAGCACAUCACACCAGAUGUGCUGGCAGAAGUCAUCGUCGAGAACUACCCGUCCUCCAACCUGACUGCUUCUUUCCUGUUGGGCGCCAUCGAUCAAACUGGCGCUUUUGACAGUGCUGUCGCCAGCUCCAAGAUGGACGUCGAAUCGGAGAAGACUAAGUCGACCCCUAAGGAAAUCCUGCCCGAGAUCGACACUUAUCUCUCCAUUCUUGUUCAGAUCUAUCUGUACGACAAGAAGGAAUUCCAGAAGGGCGCCAAGUUCUCCACAGAACUGAUCGAGCAGCUGCGGGCGCUCAACCGCCGCACUCUUGAUUCUCUGGCGGCCCGAGUCUAUUUCUACUAUUCUCUCUUCUACGAACAGAUUGCGCCCCUUCCUCCGUCGCCCGCUGCAUCUGUCACAUCGAUUCGCCAGCCUCUGCUCAACGCGCUGCGAACGGCUGUCCUGCGCAAAGAUGUGGAUACUCAGGCGACCGUGAUGACCCUGCUUCUGCGGAACUACCUGUCGACCUCCCAUAUAUCGCAGGCGGACUUGCUGAUCUCGCACAACCGGUUCCCCGCGUCUGCCUCGAACAACCAGAUUGCCCGCUACCUGUACUAUUUGGGCCGUAUCCGGGCCAUUCAGCUGCAGUACACGGACGCCCACGGGCAUUUGAUUGGCGCUACCCGGAAGUCUCCGUCCAGCCACAGUGCACGCGGUUUCUACCAGGCAUCCCAUAAGCUGCUCGUUGUCGUCGAGCUGCUCAUGGGUGAUAUUCCCGACCGGGCGAUUUUCCGUCAGCCUGCGUUGGAGCGUGCCCUGCACCCGUACUUCCUACUGGUGCAGGCUGUGAGCGUCGGUGAUCUGGAUGGAUUCCUGAACAUUGUAAAUACGUACACUGCAACCUUCCGCAAGGAUGGUACAUACACCCUCAUCCUGCGUUUGAGACAGAACGUGAUCAAGACGGGCAUUCGCAUGAUGUCACUGUCCUACUCUCGCAUCUCACUUCGGGACAUCUGCCUUCGCCUUGGCCUGGACAGCGAGGAGUCGGCUGAGUACAUCGUGGCCAAGGCGAUUCGUGAUGGGGUGAUCGAAGCCAGCUUGGACCAUGAGCGUGGCUUCAUGAAGAGCAAGGAGGUCGGUGACAUCUAUGCUACUCGGGAGCCGGGUGAGGUCUUCCACGAGCGUAUUAGAGCCUGCUUGAGUCUUCACGAUGAGAGCGUUAAGGCCAUGCGUUUCCCCAUGAACCAGCACCGAUUGGAGUUGAAGAGUGCACAGGAAGCACGGGAACGGGAGCGGGAGGAAGCUCGCACAGUCCCAGCCGCCGGGCUAGUACUAUCGUCUCGCAUCACGACGCCGUCGACAACAACGACAAUUUGCUGGCAAUGCCUCCGAAAUGAUCUCCUCUCUCUCCAGACGCAAGUGCAAACCCGCAAAUAUCAUCCCACCCGCCGGCGAGAUGUCUCUCCAUUCGGGGCGGCCGUGUCGGCGGCCCAGACACUUUUCAAAGGCCUCCCCAAGGCGCCGCCGGGCAUUUCGGUCGACCCAUUGCGCAUGGUCGGCAAGGAGCUCAAGUUCCUGACCAAGAACCUUCGUCAAUUGCUUGGGUCUGGCCACCCGACGCUGGACAAGGUGGCUAAAUACUACACGCGCAGCGAGGGCAAACACAUGCGGCCGCUGCUUGUUUUGCUCAUGUCACAAGCGACAGCGCUGUGCCCACGCAAACCCCAGACGGUCGACUACAACGCGACGGUCAAUGAUCCGAUUACCUCCUCCUCCAUUUUGGUCGACAACAACCCAGACCUCCCCCCUUCGCUGUCCUCCGCGACCUCCAGCAGUAACCCUGAUGCGGCCUACGACUUUGCUGGCGAUGAAAAUAUCCUCCCUACACAGCGCCGACUCGCGGAGAUCACCGAGUUGAUUCAUACCGCCUCUCUACUGCACGACGAUGUCAUCGAUAAUGCUGUGUCGCGCCGCUCCUUCACCUCGGCUAACUUGCAGUUCGGAAACAAGAUGGCUGUGCUGGCGGGUGACUUCAUGCUGGGUCGGGCCUCGGUGGCUCUGGCCCGGCUGCGAGACCCCGAGGUCAUCGAGCUGAUGUCGACCGUGAUCACCAACCUCGUGGAGGGCGAAUUCAUGCAGCUGAAGAACACAGCCGCGGACGAGAAGAAGCCCGUCUUCACGGACGAGACCCUCUCCUACUACCUGCAGAAGACGUACCUCAAGACCGGCAGUCUGAUCAGUAAGUCUUGCCGGUCGACCGCGGUGCUGGGCAAUAGUGUUCCUGCGGUUGUCGAAUCCGCUUACCAAUACGGGCGCAAUCUGGGACUGGCGUUCCAGCUGGUGGACGAUAUGUUGGAUUACACGGUCACCGAGGCCGAGCUGGGUAAGCCCGCCGGUGCGGACUUGGAGCUGGGCCUGGCCACAGCCCCGCUAUUGUAUGCGUGGAAGCAGUUUCCUGAACUAGGCCCGCUGGUUGGCCGUAAAUUCAGCCAGGCCGGUGACGUUCAGAUGGCUCGCGAACUUGUCCAAAAGGCUGGCGGUGUGGAACAAACCCGCGUUCUGGCCCAGGAAUAUAUCGACAAGGCGAUCGCCGCGCUCGCGGACUUCCCUGACAGCGAAGCCAAGGCUGGUCUGAUUCAGAUGUGCGAGAAGACUAUGAACCGUCGGAAAUAG